AUAUCUUUUUUAUCUUAUUAGCAUAUUACGUCUAAAUUGAGCGCUUUUCUAAUGUCUUGUGAUCUCAGGGACACGACGAUCUAUCUCGCUUUCACAUACUGGUGUCUGUAAAAUGAACAUCUUACUGAAGCUGGUGAUUUUCGCCGUUUGCGUCUCUUUAGCUCCUGCACAAGAAGUUCAUGUGCAGGACCUCAAUGACACAACCCCAAAACCUGCACCUACAUCCAAAUCCUUGGUAAGAAAUGAAACUACUACAACCACACUUUCCACAACCAGAAUUUCUACACCCACAAGUUUUAACAGCACAGAAGAAGUGAAUUCAACCUUGAUUCUUACUUACCAUGUCAGUGGUGGUUCAACUAAUGGUAUGCUUCAGAGGUCAUUAUAUGUGGCCAUAGGAAUCAGUACUCUUGUUGCACUUUACUUUAUCGUCCGAACCCUUAAAACAAGAGGAAGACGGAAAGCUAAGAAGUAUGGGGUAAUCCAUGGGGCAGCGUCCGUGGAAUUGCAGCCACUAGACAGAGAUGUUGAUGAGGAAGAAGAGGAUAUGACUCUUUUUGAUAUGAAAGAUGCAAAACGACCAUUGAAAUAAAGUAUGCUGAAAUUAAUGUAAUAAUCACCUCGGCUGAAAGUAAAGAUAUACAAUUAUUUAGUAACUAAGAAGAAGGCUUAACAAGAUAGGUAGUUGUUACACAUUGGACCCUGGUUUAAUUGUAUCAUCUCACUUUGAACAAUCCAUGACAAUAUGCUUAAGAUUCUUGAGGCAUAAUUUUGUAGUUUUCUGCCAGAGGGAUCCACAGUAUGAAUUGUGCAUCUUGUGUAUUUAGCUCAGUCAGAGAGAGCAGAAGGGCCUAUGAACUCCUAUUGGCAAAGACAAAAUUUAUUUUAUAGGGGUGAAGGGAGGGUGUAUUCUCCAGCAAGGUGAAUUUUAAUGAUAGCAUAGCAUGAAUUACUUAUUACCACAACAUAUUAAUUUUAAGUAGUUUUAUAACAAAGCAUACUUACCUUAACCCUUUAACUCCCAAGAUCUGAUUUUCAAUUCUCCCUUCUAGCUGCUACACAUUUCCUUGUAAAUAAGUUACAAGAAUUUGGUGCUAGAUCAAGUUAGCAACUUCUACCUGAUAAGUUAGAAGUAUUCUUAUUACCUGUUUACUGUAUGAUUUAUGAAUAUUAUAGGGAUAAGUUAUAUUUUGAUCACUCUUG